AUGCCCAGCCCCCAAGCCAGCAAGUUGACUCCGGCUUCGUCUGCGGAAAGCGACAGUCAGCCGGAUGAGAAAGGAAAGGGGCAAAUUAGCCAAUGGAAUCGCAGAGGUGCCGGCGUUGGCUCCCAGAUGCAUCAGCCCCAUCAGCAUCCCUACAUCAUGGCCAACCCAUCCGCCUCCUUCAGCUCCACUUCUUACCUGCGGGCCAUGCUCCAUGACAGCAAGCAGGCGGUGGUGAUCCAUCCGUUCACCAGAGACCAUGCCUCCCAGUCUUCUGUCCUUCACUUGGCACCCUCAGCCUCAUCCUCCUCCAUACUCAACAUGCAGCCAACAAGAUUGUUCCCAUUAGUGACCAAACACAAGCAACACGCCGCUGUGCAAGGAAUGAAGCCCGGAAGCCUGGGAUGGGUCCAACAUGAGUCAAGCUCUGGAAAAAAUCAAGAGGACGAUGUCAAUAAGAAAGGCACCGUGCCUUCCUAUGGGCAGGAACAUCCGAAAAACAUUGAGCAUGUCCGGAGCAACACCACCAAUGAUGGACAGGACAAGGACGGUGCUGAGCCUGUCCACCCUGCACAGUACAGCGGUGGGUGCAAGUUUCCCUGGUGUGAGAAGACCUUAGCGGAUCACAAACAUUUUCUCAGGCAUCUGUACAGCGACCACCACCACCUGGAUGACAAAACCACAGUGCAGUGCCUCAUACAACAUGAGGUGGUCCACAAUCUAGAGGAAAAGCUUGCCAUGGAGAAGCAGAGACUCCAUGAGAUGCAGAGCUUCAUGACGGGAAAACAUGGCACAGCUCAUCUUUCUAAGCAGAGAGAGCGUAGUCUCCUUCUCCACCAGUCUCAUUAUUCUGGAGUAUCUAAUUGGCCUGUCCUGGAUCUCACAGUCCCACUACAGGAAGGACUCCCCGACACUGUCCUGGCACUGAGAAGACCACUCUGGGAGGGCGGCAGCGUCAACAUAUUUCACGAUAUGACGAACUGCAUUGAAUAUUACAAGAAUAACAACGUCAGACCGCCGUUCACAUACGCCUCCCUCAUUCGAUGGGCGAUCCAGGAGUCACCCCAAAAACAGCUGGCGCUGAAUGAGAUCUACCAAUGGUUCACCAGAAUGUUCGCCUUCUUCAGGCUCAACAAGGUGACUUGGAAGGGCUUAUAUUUAGGGGCCGUGUGGAUGGUGGACGAGGCGGAGUUCCAGCGGAAGAGGGCGGUCCGGGGGUCUCGCUGA